AUGAGGGUACGUGUCCCUCUGCCCACACCUCCACCUUGUAAUACUCCUCCACUACCAAUAAUCUCCAUGAUCACUGAAACAGUAAUCUACUACCUCUCCGAACACCCCUCUAUAGUCACUUUCCGAUGGAGCCACAUCCAAUCGUGGGGCUCAACUUGGUCUUUUCUCUUGACCUCCAUAGCCUUUUAUCUUGCCUUCUGCGCAUUAGUCCAUCUUUUCUUACAAAUCUUUAUUAAACGUGGCCGUCCUGUCCCUCUCGGUCCAAUCCCAGCCGUGUACAGCCUCUUUAUGGCCUUAAUCUCCGCCAUUAUUUUCUCCGGAAUCCUCCUCUCAACUGCCGCCGAGAUCCAGGAAACACGGUGGUUUUGGCGAAGGUCGAAAACCCCAUUUCAAUGGCUCCUUUGUUUCCCUCUCGGAACUCGUCCUUCAGGCCGUGUCUUCUUCUGGUCUUACAUGUACUACUUGUCUCGGUUUCUGCAUAUGUUCCGCACCUUCUUCACAAUUUUAAGGUCACGCAAGCUGGUUUUUUUCCAGCUCGUCAAUAGCUCUAUAUUGACCUUCAUGUCCUUUCUAUGGCUUGAAUUCUCUCAAUCGUUCCAAGUCUUGGCGAUUUUGUUAGCAACUUUGGCAUACUCCAUCGUUUAUGGGUACAGAUUUUGGACAGCAGUUGGUUUGCCAUCUGCUUGCUUUCCUUUUGUGGUGAAUUGCCAGAUUGUGUUGUUGGGAUGCAAUGUUGCUUGCCAUCUUGGGGUGCUGUUGCUGCACUUUAUGAAAGGUGGGUGUAAUGGGAUUGGGGCAUGGCUGUUCAAUUCGGUGCUUAAUGGGGCUAUUUUGUUGCUGUUUUUGAACUUCUAUUUGAAGAUGUAUCUGGGGAAGAGGAAGGAGGUGAUAAGUGCGGCAAUGGAGGAGGCUGAGACGAUGAAACUUAAAGAGAAAGAAGGAAUUUGA